AGAGGAUCAGAGAGGAGUUACCGUGAUCCAUUGUUGUUCUCUCUCUAGAAUUUUCUAUCUUCUCAUUUCUCCCUCACAAAUUAGGGUUUUUGCGAAUCUCAUAUUUUCUGAAAUCCAAUCCAGCGUUUCAGCCAUGGUUUCCGAUUCAAUCACCGCCGUGCCGAUUCCCUCCGCCGCGAACACUAAGAACCCGGGGAAGAAGAAGAGGACCAACAGGUCCGCGAAAUUGAAGCAGUACAAAAUUGAUGCGCGCCGCGAGCAAUGGCUAUCUCAAGGUGCGGUGAAGAGCAAGGGGUCCAAGGACGGAGUGGAUGAUGACGGCCACGCGCCGCCGUCGCCGGCGGUGAAACACUUGCAGCCACUGGUCACCAGGCGCCGAGGCGAAGUGGACGAUGGAUUGAUCCAUCACGACAGCGAUUCGGAAUCUCCGACGAACUGUCCCGCUGGCGUGCUUUGCGGAAACGAUUCGGGGACGAAUUUCACCGGCAGCAGCAGUGGCGGCAGCAGCAGCAGCAGCAGUAGCUCUAGUAGCGGUGGGUGCUGCUCCGGGAACGUCACGGAGGAGGAAGAAGAAGAAGGUGAUGUUAAUGUUGAUGAUGAUGAUGAUGGAUGCUUGGAUGAUUGGGAGGCUAUGGCGGAUGCCUUAGCCGCCGAUGACAAGCGUGAAAACCCUUGUUCGGAUUCGCCCCCAGUGGUUGUGCCCUGUGAGGGGUCCACUUUGGGGUCUCCGAAUUCAAAACCCGAGAGUGGUAGAUUGGUUCCUUGGGGCUCUGGAAAUAGCAGAGCGUGGAGGGCCGAUGAUGCCUUUCGCCCUCAGAGUUUGCCCAAUUUGUCUAAGCAGCACAGUAUGCCGAACCCUGAUCGGCGUUGCGUAGGAGGGGUCCCUUGGGGUCGCACCUCCACGCCAUCCUCGUGUCCGAUUUGCUGUGAGGAUCUCGAUUUGACGGACACGAGUUUCAUGCCCUGCCUGUGUGGGUUUCGGCUUUGCCUCUUUUGCCACAAGAGGAUUCUCGAGGAGGAUGGCCGUUGUCCUGGGUGUAGGAAGCCCUAUGAGUGUGAGCCUGUUGAGACGGAGGCCAGUGUGCUUGGAGGCAGCCUCACUCUUCGGUUGGCACGCUCCUGCAGCAUGAUCGAGAGGUCUUGAGCCCGCGGUCUGUGCUUUUUUUUUUUCGCGUUGUUGCAUCGUCUGUACUUUAGGGGAUAUCUAAUUUUCAUAGGUUUAGUUGGCGUAGUAUUAUGAGCUUUUGAGCACCUUGAAAUCAAGUUGUUUCUCGUUUGAUCUUAUGGUGCAUGUGGUAAUGUAGAGUACUCAUGUUGGUAUGUGAAUACAUAAGGUGGUAUAGAAAUUCAAUACAUUGAAAAUGGUUGAAUCACGCUGGUUAUUUUCCUU